AUGCGUUCGUGGGAGGGGCAAGGAGAGAGAGAAGAAAUGGAAUCACAAGGGAAGGGCAAUCGAAUUUCGAAAUUCAGAAGCCCUAGAUCUGCAGACAGAUCCAGUCAAUCUGUUAGGACUGAUUUGGUAGGUGAGACUAAGAUAUCAUGGGAUGUCAGUGCUAACCAUGCAAAGUCCUAUCAUGUUGUCCCCAGAGUAAAGACACCUCUUGAAAAUUGUGCUUGCAGAAGGCAGAUACCUAGCACUAGUUCUUGGGCGGAUACCUCCAAUAAACUCCAAACUUACCCUGAAGGUUUCUUUUAUUCUUCCUCCAGGUUUGUCCAGAGUCCCAGAGGCUCUCCCCAACCAUCAAUGUAUCUUACCAUUCUAAAUGAAUUUUUCAAGCCAGAGAGGCUAACAAAAUUGGAGAACAAGGUAAAACGUCGGACAAUCGAGGCACUGGAGAAUCUGAGCAAGAGCAUCGAAGAGGCCCGGCUUCAGCAGGAACUGCUGCUGCAAGACAGCAAGCUACUGCAACAGGAGACAUUCUACCUAGAGACUGAGAACAACUACUUCCUGAGAUUCCUAAAAAAACGAAAUGAUCUGUGUAAGAAGAAACACCAGGACCUGUGGAAUUGGUAUUUCCGGGAAUGCGGGGAGAUGAGACUCAGGAGACAAGAACUGGCAUCCAUGUUUGCCCAACAAAAUGCAGACCUUCAAAUGCAGCUCUUGCAGGGGAAAAGCACUCAGUUCCAGCUGAAGCAGCAGGUUCAGUCACUGCAGCAUAUUAACUCAGUCAAGAAGAGCCAGGAGAUGAAAAUCCAGGCGUUACAGGAGGAGCUGGAGAACAUGAAAGAGGAGACUGCUAAAAAGGACCAAGAGGCAUUCUUCCAGUUCCUGCAGCAAAAGAUACCCCUAGACAGACAGAUGCAGGAACUGAAAUGCCUGCAGCUGGGACAGGGCAGCACCAAGGAGGCUAAGAGUAAGGCCCGGGCCUUGGCGUCGACAGCCAAGAAGGUGAAUUCUGAGAUGUGCGCUCGUGUCUGCAGAGAGAACCAGGGGUUACAGGAGGAAUUCAUGAAGCAAGUCCAGGAGUAUCACAAGCUAGAGUCUCUAAAGAGGCAGUUAGAGGACUGGAAAGAGACGCUGAAGGAAGAACAGUGGUACCAAGAAGCCUUAGUUAGGGGGAGACACCAGCUGAAGGCAGACAGAGAGAGAAGUCAUAAUGGUGACCCUUUCCCCAAAGAACAGGGUGCCCCGAGGCCACACUGA